AUGCGUAUUAUCAUAUCAUUCAAGCUACGCCGACGAGAUAUUAUUCCUUAUUUCUUAAAUAUAUAGAGAUCGACUACGUUAUUCAUUGUAAAUCUUGCAACCAUAUCUAGCUAUGUCAGAAUGUACAUUUUAUUUAAUGGUAAAUCGCUAUGAAUGAUUUCAAUCAAUUAUUUUUUUUACGAGUUGCAAUUGACAUGAAUCUUAUAUAUUUUACACGUGGUUUGAAUGAAGCUGAUGCGACUCACUAACGAUUGAUAUAUGUGAAAUGCUUCUUUGAACAUGCUACUCAAACAGAUUAUUUAAAGUAUUAUGCUAUCUUUCAUGAAAACAGAGUGGUUAAUUUUAAAGAAAACAGAUACAAUACAAGAUAUGGCCCAAGAAGAAUCGUAAAAAUGAUAUGCUUUGAAAGUACUCUAGAUGUCGGGUCAAAUUAAAUAAAGGGAAUUGAUUUGUUUCUGAAAUGUAGCGUCAUUGAAAUACAAACAGGACAUUUAAUUGCUAGUAUCCGGUUUGUUUUGCAUUUGUAGUUUUUGAAACUGGAAUUUUGUGUUGAUAUCUAUGUCAUGUUAACUAAUAUGCAUUUGUUUUAUAACUCAUUAGCUAAAUGUCUGAGCUGUUGUGUUAUAUAGUUCAUUGGGAAAAUGUUUCAAUACUACAACUGAAAACAAUGUUUUUAAGUUCCUUCAGUGUGAGUAAUUCGGAAUUGGUGUCUUUUUAAAGGAUUGCUUUGGAAAUGCGAAGAAGAAAAUUCCUGUUUCUAUGUUUUGUUGUUUUAAGUUUAGAAAUACUAUGUGGAACAAGAAAUUAUUCUUCUGACGACUUAAAACGAAGAACAAGGACGGGAGAAACUAUAAUGGAAGAAACGGCAACUGAAAGUAAUUCAAAUGAUACAGACAAGAUAAAUGAAAGAAGACUUGAAUCAUUAGUGAAAGCAUGCAAACGACUAGGAUAUACUGAAGCUAAUUAUACGAUUAAUAUCCGCGCUCAUAUGUCUCCAAAUAAAAACACUUUGUACUGUCGUGUAAAUAAAUGUGCUUCUACUACGACUCUUGAAGUAAUGAAAAGACUUUUCAAUUGUGAUACCGAUUGCCAGGUCAAAGUAGCAGCUAUGGUUAAGGCAAAUGUUAAUGCAAGUAAAAUAAUGAAUGAUGCUUUUUCUUUCAUGGUUGUUCGUGAGCCGUAUGGACGUUUAUUUUCAACUUACUGUAAUAUAUUCUAUUUCCCAAAAGAAGAUUGGUUUUACAGAGGCGUUAAGAUUAUAAAAUUAGCACGGCCGAAUAUUUCCUCCGAUAGUCUAAACUUUGGACAUGAUUUAACUUUUGCCGAGUUGGUAAAGUAUAUAAUCGAAUCAUAUGAAAACGGUCUUCGCUUAGAUGAACAUGUUAGACCGAUUCAUCAUAAAUCGUGUAACCCGUGUAUGUUCCGUUUUGAUUACAUUGCACAUUUAGAAACAUUUGAAAAGGACUUUCAAUUCAUUUUAAAGACCAUGCAAUCUAGAAAUAUCAUAGAAAAUUACCCAAAGGACCUAGCGAAAUCCCUUAGAGAGUGGACACUUUUUGGACCGGUAAAGCAUUUAUUCAAAACCUUAUUGCUAGUAAAGGCAUCCACUCUUUCAACUUACAACAUUUUCCUUAGAGCAUGGAGUUAUUACCAAAUAACGGGCCACGUUUCAAAGAACAUAGAUUUUCCGUAUAGCGAAGAAGAUGUUACUGAAAUUAACAAAGAGACUUUUAUACAAGCAUUAAAAACAGCAAUUGAAUCCUCGGCAAAAUAUAACUCAGACCUGCAUAAACAGAGAUAUGACGCCAUGAUUCAAGCAUACUCCUCUGUCUCUACUGAACACUUGGAGAGAUUAAGGAAAGUAGUAGCAACAGACUGCUUUUUGUUUGGCUACGAAAAUAGUCCGAACUAUUUAUUCGACAGAAAUAGAUUAUUGUCAAAUAAAGAAGUUGACACUUUCAACUUUUUCAAAGGCCUUUAAUUUAAAAUAACUAACGUUUAGACUAUGUUGUGCUUUUCCAAGACUGUUUACUAAAGCACUUUUAUACGGUACAUAUUCCAAAAUCCUAAUAACUAUAAUAACUAUGAAAACUAAAUAAAUGCUCAACAUCUGUCAUGUUUACUGAUUUUGAGGGUGACAUAGAAAUACUUGAUUAUAUGCUGCAACACUUGCAUGAAGAAACGGAUUAUGACCCAAAUUCCCAGGAACCAUAUAUAUAUAUAUACGGGUUAAGUUGCCUUUAUUGAUUCAAAAAAUUGAACAUUUUAGAUCAACAUAAUAACUUUUUUUUUGUAUUUGUAAGGGUGCGGCUGAUUAUAUAAUGCACAGGAAUGAUAUGAUUGUACUCUCCAUAUUUUAUUUCGAAUUCUAACACGAUCCGAUUCAUUUUCCUAUUAAACAAAGAAGGCUGGAAACAGUGAAUUAUUAAACAACAAUUCAUCGUUCUGACGUCAUAAUUAUUACGUCAUAGCCUGAAACGGCGUAGCGGCGCGCUGGAAAAGAAACCGAUUGAAAAUGGGCAAGUAUUUAAUGAAUGCCAACAAGGAUGUACUUUAAAGUCCUUGGUAACGUGUUAGAAUCGAAAUAAUAUAUCUCAUUUAGUGAUUUGCUCUUGAAUAAAUCACUGCGCCCUCGUGAUAUAAUUCCUUCGCAUCUGAACUCCAAACAGUGAUUUAUUCAGCGACAAAUCACCGAUGAGAUAUAUUAUUUCUUAAAUAAUAGCACGACGCAUCGUUCGUUAAUUUGUGUUAGUUUUUUCUUUCCAUUCGUUGUUACGUUAGUUAUGUGAAGCAACAUAAAAGAACGUUAGCUAUUGAUGUUAUCAAAAGAAAAUGAAUCAGAUGAUAUUGCGUUACAACGUAAAAAUGUAAACUUGUGUUUGAAUAUCUUAAAAGCACUAUGGUAAACUUGUGGGACACUAACAUCAGCAAUAUAUCAACAACCAGCAUCAAUGGCACGUGUAAAAUGUCAUUAACGUAAGAUCAGAAGUUGGAAAUAGCGUGCUUUAUGGAGAAACUGAUUUCACCUGUCCUUCUUCCAUUUUCAAAAAUGUUAUCAAGCAUGCUUAAAAACUAA